AUGGGCGAAGUUCUCAGCUGGUACGCAGUUGAGCUGGACGAAUGCGCAUGCAACGCCUUCAGCCCGCAGAAGAAGGACACCGUGAUAUAUGAAUUGGAGUUCUUGGCCUUGGCCUGCGCUAUGCAUAUUUGGAAGGAUUAUUUGAGGAGCUCGCUCGUAACCUUCUAUUCGGAUAAUGAAGCCCGAUAUUCUUGUAUCAAGGCAUCAGUGGAACAAGGAGUUCUGAGUGGGCCACUGAAAGAUUUCCUCGCUGAGGAAAUGAACCUGGGGGUCGACCUCUGGUUCUCUAGAGUUACCCAGCGAAAGACAUCGCUGAUUUCCCUUUGCGAGGCUUGGACCAUCCAAUGUUGA